AUGUCAUUCUUUCCCGAAUAUCCUCCAAACCUUUCUAAUGACAAUUUACAAUCUUUACAAGAAUUAGCAAUAGAUUGGUCACUUUCUCAUGGUUUAGUAAUACGUCCACCAACUAACCUUGCACUUUCUAAUAACUCUUCGGUUAUGCAUGCACCUAUAUCUUUAUUUCCCUCACCUUUUCCAAAAAAAACUUUUUACCAAGCUAUAGAAUUACAACCCGUAUUUAAUCUUUUAUUCCAUAAAUUGUCUCGAAAUCAUGAAUUUAUUACUCAAGUUAUUGAGGAGGUAACUAAAGUCGAUGAUUUUAUUGAUGAACUUUAUAAAAUUUAUCUAAAAAUAAAAGAAGAAGGAAUUGCUCAGCCAAUUUCUCUAGGAUUACAUAGAUCCGAUUAUCUUUUACAUGUUCCACAAGAUGCAUCAGAAGCUAACGUUUUGCAAGUUGAAUUUAAUACCAUUUCUUCCUCUUUCUCUAGCUUAUCAUUUCUAACUGGAGAAUUACACAGAUAUUUAUUGGAAUCCACCAAAUAUUUUAAUUCUUCAGAAUUAUUAAAGAUUGAUUCGUUACCAUUAAAUGAUGCAAUGACAAGCUUCCCCAAAGGUAUUGCAAAAGCUCAUGAGCUUUAUGGAUCUCCAAAUCAUAAAAUACAUAUUAUACGUAAAACACUCGCAGAAAUAGAUCAACAAGGAAAAUUAGAUCCCGAAACUCAUGCAUUAAUAAUAGAUGAUAAAGAAAUUUCAGUUACAUAUUUUCGUUCAGGAUAUGCGCCCGAACUACAUCCUACAAAGAAAGAAUGGGAUGCUAGAUUAUUGAUUGAACGUUCGAAAUCUAUUAAAUGUCCAACAGUUGCAUACCAGCUUGUUGGUACUAAAAAAGUUCAACAGGUUUUGGCCAUGCCUGGAGUUUUAGAAAAGUAUGUGACCAAUGCAACAGAUGCAAAGAAGCUUAGAGCAAGCUUUGCAGGUUUAUAUCCAUUAGAUUCUUCAUCUGAAGGUGAGGCAGCUGUAAAGCUUGCCUUAGAAAAUCCCGAACGGUUUGUGAUGAAACCACAACGAGAAGGCGGAGGGAAUAAUAUAUAUACAAAGGAUAUCCCACCUAAAUUAUUAGAAAUUUCUACAUCAGAAAGAUCAUCGUAUAUUUUAAUGGAUUUAAUACAACCACCUUCGAUGAGAAAUAUUAUUCUAAGGCAAGGUGAAUUAGUUAAAGGUGAAAUGAUCUCUGAAUUAGGAAUUUAUGGCGUAUUUAUUGGAAAUGAUGAUGUUAUUGUUAAUGAGAUUGGAGGUCAUCUAUUGAGAACUAAAGGAAGAGAAACUAAUGAAGGUGGUGUAGCAACUGGGUUUGCUGUUAUUGAUUCACCUCUAUUAGUUUAA